AUGAAGAUAUUACAUUUGCUACUACUUUCGUCAUUUGGCUCGAGUAUUCCUCUCCCACUUCAACCGUUCAAAGACUCGAUUGAAAUAGUGUUGUCACCAGACGAUAUAAGAAGCGUUGCCGAAUAUACAUUAUACAAAAUUCCAGAAGUUAAGAACAAUUUCAAAACCACCGUGAAACAAAAGCUACUUAAUCGAAUUUUGACAAAACAGAUUCAAGAAACUAAUCCUAAUCCUGAUGCAUAUGCUAGUUAUACUGAUAAUCCGGCCAACCUAUAUCAAUACAAUCCUCGAUUUCCCGUGCAUGCUAGUCGUCCGGAUGUGAUUACUCCCGGGGCUACUCCACAGAUUGUACCGGCUACUGGAUCCACACCAGGUGUUAUUCCUGUCUCUCCUGCACAAGUUCAAAAAGUUGGACCUACAAAUGGGAAAGUAGAUAUUGACAAACAUACCGCUGCUGCAAAUGGAAAAGUGACAGCUAACAAUAAUGUUGGCCCUAUAACUGGACAAGUCUUAAUCAAGCCCGUGAAACCGGUCAAGGCCGUUGAAAUAGAAGUUACAAAGCCAAAAGGAAUGCUUACAUCAAUUAUAAAAGGGCCCUCAGUAAUCGAAGAGGAUUUUGUUCAAAUUUUCGGACAGGAUAAUGACAGCGACAGUGAUUCUGAUGAAGAUGACAACGACGACGAGCAUAUUGGAUAUCUGAAUCCAUCCUGGAUUAAGAACAAUAAGCAAGACCACGGGAUUAAAUAUUACCCUCGUAUUGAGGAUGAGAGUGCAGACGACGAAGAAGAAGAUAGAGAUUCGUUUUAUGAUGAUAAGUAG